AUGACUGUAUCAUACGAAAUUAAACCAUCAGAUGAAGCUAAGGCUUCCGACGCUGUUCCAUACUACACUCCUGAACAACCGGUUCCUGCCGGAACUUUCUAUCGUGAAAAUCCAGAUCAAAUAAUUCCAAAAAUCUUUCAACCUUUAAAGAUUGGUAAUCUUACAUUGCAAAACAGAAUUGGUGUUUCCCCUAUGUGUCAAUACUCGGCCGAUUCAAAAUUCGAAGCAACUCCAUUUCAUUUUAUGCACUACAGUUCUAUCAUUUCUCGUGGUCCAGGUAUUACCAUCGUUGAAAGUGCUGGUGUUAGUCCAGAAGCUGGAUUAUCUCCUCAUGAUUUAGGUAUUUGGACUGAUAGUCAAGCUGAAAAAUUAAAGCAAAUUGUCGAUUUUGCUCAUUCUCAAAAGCAACUAGUAGCUAUUCAAAUUAAUCAUGGUGGUAGAAAGGCCAGUGGUCAACCAUUGUUUGUCCAUUUAGAACAAGUAGCUGACGAAUCCGUUGGUGGAUGGCCAGAUAAGGUAUUAGCUCCAUCCGCAAUUCCAUUCAGACCGCAUGGAAACUAUUAUGUACCCAACGAAUUAACCAAAGAAGACAUCAAACGUAUUGUGAAUGACUUUGGUGAUGCUGCUAAGAGAGCUGUUGAGAUUAGUGGAUUCGAUGCUAUUGAGAUCCAUGGUGCUCAUGGCUAUUUGGUCAACGAAUUUUACAGUCCUAUUUCAAACCAAAGAACCGAUGAAUACGGUGGUUCAUUUGAAAAUAGAGCAAGAUUCUUAAUGGAAGUUAUUGACAACAUCAAAUCCAAAAUUCCAGAAACACCAAUUUUCUUGAGAAUUUCUGCUGUUGAAAACAGCCCUAGACCAGAAGCUUGGACCAUUGAAGAAUCAAAACAAUUAGCUGACCUUGUGAUUGAAAAAGGUAUCUCCUUGAUUGAUAUUUCUUCAGGUGGUAACGAUUACAAGCAACCUCCAAGAGCAACGGUUGCCAAAAAGACAAAGGGUGAACCAAUCCAUGUCCCUCUUGCCCGUGCAAUUAAGGAACAUGUGGGUGAUAAAGUCGUUGUGGCUUGUGUCGGUGGACUUCAUGAAGAUCCUCAACUUGUUAAUCAAUACCUCGAAGAUGGCGUUUUCGAUGUGGCCCUCAUUGGAAGAGGUUUCUUAAAAAAUCCAGGUUUAGUAUGGGAAUUUGCUGAUAAGCUAGGAGUCAGACUUCACCAAGCAUUACAAUAUGGAUGGGGUUUCUGGCCUGAAAGACAGCAGAUUAUAGACUUAAUUGAAAGGACUUCCAAGUUUGAACUUGAAUAG